AUGGCACCAAUACAAGUGAAGGUGGAGAAAAACAGUGUUCUGCCGGCUUUCCAAGCGGAAUAUGUCACAAAUUUUAAAAGUCCCGAUGUUAAAUUUUGCAACAAAUAUAGCCAACACCCAGCUAGCAUAGCAAACCAACUAUGUUGGUCGGAAUUAAAGGCCAGUUUUCCAAAUGGGCACUUCAUAUUCACAGAUGGUUCAGUUACAACAAAGGGAGUAGGUUGUGCUUUUUACGACCCCAAAGCAAAUCUGAAACCAAUGUUUCGACUGCCAGACAAUCUGACAAUGAACUCUGCAGAAUUGGUCGCAAUUUUAAAGGCACUUGAAUAUGCGAAACAAACACAAAUUAGACACACGGUGGUCUGCUCAGAUAGUGAGAGCGUAGUGAAAAAACUAAAAGGGAAUGAGAAGGGUUUUAUCACGGAGCAUUUACUAAUGAGAAUUCUCCAGUGUAUCCAAGAAAUACAGUCGGAUGGGCUGGAAGUUUCAUUAGUGUGGAUACAAGCGCAAGUGGGGAUAAAAGGUAAUAAAAUAGCUGACAAAUUAGCCAAAAAAGCAACGGAGUCUGGACUCACAUUGGCCAUACCAGUUCCAAAAAAAGACAUAAAAAGAUCCCUACAUUUGACUCUUCUCGUGGACUGGCAAUUGACGUAUUCGUCCGCAGGAGCAGGCCAAUUUUUCAAGACAAUUUUCCCCUUAGUAGGACGAAAGCCUUGGUACCGUAGAGAUUACUACGACAGGGCGCAGACCACGACCAUAAAUAGACUGCUGACGAAUCAUGGGCUAUGUGGCAACUAUCUCAAUAAGAUAGGGAAAAAGGAUUCACCUCAAUGCCAAGUGUGCGGUUGCGUUGAAGAUCUCCAGCACAUCAUAAUGAGAUGCAAAAGAUACAAAGAAGAAAGAAGUAGCAUCUUGGGAGAAGUUAUUAACUACGAAAUUCUUCUUUCCUCAUUCACCAAAGCGACAUACAAUAAACUGUAUGAAUUCAUGUGCAGUGCAAAAAUAAAAAUAUAA